AUGGAUGAAUUUAAAGCCUGUAAUCUAGACUACUGUCCAGAAAACAUUUUAAUUGACGUAUUGUCAUAUCUGAGCGUACGAGAGCUCGUCCGAGCUGGAAGAGUCUGUAAGAGAUGGAGACGCCUUGUGAAAGACCAAAGACUGUGGAGGCUUGUCGAUCUGACAGCAUGGAAAGGGGUGACAUCCCGCAUACUUUGGGUCCUGCUGCGUCAGUUCCUGGGUUGUGGACUACGGUGCCUACGGUUGCGUGGUUUGCUGCUUUCUGCCCGAGGGGGUACCUUUCUCUCUGAGUCUUGGCUCAAAGCUUUGUCUACAAAGUGCCCUCGCCUGAGUAAGCUCUACCUUCUGCAUGCAGACCUGAGAAGCCUUCCCAGUUGCCAGCUCCUACCUACAUCUUUGCAGGUGCUGGAGCUGCGUGGUUGUGAGCUGCCUCGGGGCUUUUUCGACCAGAGCCUUCCUACGUCCCCUGCUGAUCCCCAAGAAAGAGCAGAAGCUACAUCCAGUGUUGGUGCUCAACAGAAAGGACGGGAUCAGAAAGGAAAAGGGUCUGGCUCUCCAUCGGGGAUUUCUAUUGAGAGGUUAGUCCUUAACAAUGUUCCUUCUUUCACGGACCAACACCUGCAGAGUCUGACAUCAUGGGAGAGGCUCAGUCGACUGGAGCUGCGUGACACCUUUCGUGUGACGGCUAACGGGCUCAGGAGCUGCGCUGCCAAGGAUGGCGUCUGCGGUGUGGAAGGGCUGUUCAGGCUCAAGUUUCUAGAAAUAGGCAUCACUGGGCGGCAGGGCUACCAGUUACAGAUGGCCUCUCUGGGGCUAGGGGCAGGAUGGCUCGGACUAGAGGAGCUGAGCCUGGGUGGUAAGGAAGUGGGGCCAGGCUUGCUCUGUGCCAGCCGUCUGAAGGACCUGAAGUGUCUGUGCUUGUGGGCUUGCACGCUCAGUGAGAUGCAGAUAGUGCGGAGUUGCAGGAUGCUCCGUGGGCUCCGCAGACUGGAGUUUUUGGAUGUAAUCUUCCAGCCUCGGCAGUGUCCACCAGUGGUGGAGGGAGAGGGUGGUGGUGAAGAAGAGCAGGACAGUGAGGAAGCUGUAGGUGGAGACAGCAGCAACGAUGAGAACAAACUAGAUAUGAAUGAUCCUAUUCCAAGUCUGCGCCGCUCACUGGCUGUGCUGCUGCCAUGCUGUGCACUAGUUUUCACCAACUGCUCUGUUCAGAUAAAUGCAGACUAAAUGAAAUGAAGUAUCCACUGCUGCUGUAAAGGAGUGGCCGAUAUGGAUCCUCUAUUACAAAGACAUGUAAUUUUAUAUAGUGAUAGCGAUAUAAUCAAUGAAUGAAUUAUGUUUUUUUAUCAUUGUGUCAUGCAUACAACUGUGCUCAGCCCACAUGGGCUUACAAGACACCACACUUUCAUAUAAGCCACAAUUGUGCAUAUACAUGUUCAAACAAUACUACAAAAAGCCCAAAAAUAAAGAAACCUGAUUCUCAUUUUCACAAUCAGAUUUGCAAACCUUCAUAAAAACUUGAUUUUUAAUGUAGUUAUAGAGUAUAUUGUGAUGUGGUACCUUUUUAUGGAAAAUCAAAUAAGAAGCUGUUUAUGGAUAAAAUAACCAGAUGGGAAUAUCAAUUGUUGGCUAAUCCAGCACAUGAAAUACCUGACAAAUCAAAGUACCUCAUUACAUCAAUGCAAACGUCAUAAAAAUGAUUAAGAAGUUUUUGUCAUACUGUUUUAACUGAGUUGCAGUACAAAAUGUGGAACGUAUGUCACAGCUUGACUGUAAACACAUAAGCAGCUGUCGGUUACCAAGGCAGAGAAAUGAAGUGUAUUGUUGGCAAUGAUGCACCUGUUUCCUGUUGCUUCACCUCUUUUCAACAGUGUACAUUAACAAAAUUAUCUGUUACAAGCAGGUGUGUGUUUUUUUUUUUUUCAACUCCAACUCCAAAUUCUGUUAUUUUUCCAUACAUGGAUUUUUAGAAAUUAUGAAAAAUAGAAAUGUUAAUUGUUAUUGUCUGUUUAUUGUAUACAUGAGGGAAAACAUGAGAAAUAUGUGUCCUUGACAUGAAGUGUGUCAACAGUAUUUAGAAGGUGGGAUGUUAAACAGUUUUGAAUAAAUCUGGAUGAAUAAAUCUUCAAGCAUCAUU